CACACACAGAUGACAGUUCCCCUAUCUCUCUGAGCCAGUGCCUCUGUUUCAAAUAGGGACUUGUUUGUAUUGACUGGUUUUGGUUUGCUGCUCAUGCUAAAGAGCCCUUUUUCGCUACAACCAACAUUUACUUUUUAAUUUUUUUAAUCACUUUUAACUUGUCUCUGUUGACAGGGAGGUUUCUUUCUCCCUUUUCUUGUGGUUAGUUUGUUUUCGUUGAGCUGGAUACUUAAUCAGGUGGAGGUGGAGGUGUGGCAGAAAGAGAGAGAGAGAGAGAGAGAGAGAGAGAGAGAGAGAGAGAGAGAGAGAGAGAAAGAGAGUGAGUGAGUGCGAGAGAUCUGCAGUUGCUGAUCAACAGGUCUUUCACUCUGGGCGUUGCUGGUGGUAAGCAGUGAACAGAGUGAAUCCUUUCAGCUGGCGAGAGGCUGCUCUCCUUCGUUGCCUCACUUGUGGGGCAGGUGCUCAGCUCCAGGGGCGUGGGCGUCAGAGGAGCGACCACGCGCACAGCCCCAUGGGACGCUAGGGCUCGGGGACUCCCACACGUGCAGAUGCCCCUACGCAUCCAGAGGGCCAACGGAGGAGGCCAGAAAGGAGGAGACCUUUCUUACGGCAUGAUCCGGAAAGAGGCCAAGAGCAGGAAGUCCCGUCAGGAAGGGGGCAGUGUGAUGAAGAACCGGCGGGUAGUGCAGAGGAGGAUGACCUGCCCAAGCCCACAGGAGAUCAGCCGGGCACUGCAGAGCCCCACAGCUCCCCUGGUCACCCGCGCCGCCAGUCUAGAUGAGCUCGUCCAUCGCUGCCUGCACUACUUCGACUCUGAUGGGAAGCUGGUCAGAGGGACGCAGCUGGUUAACAUGAUAUUGAUGAUGCACAACUGGGUUGUUCCAUCCCACACAUUCGCCAAAAAACUGCUUUCUCUCUACAAGGACUGUCCUGUGGAGAAGAGGCACCAGAAGCGGCCACAGAUCUGCCACUUUAUCAGACAUUGGAUAACUCAGUUCCCUCUUGUGUUUGAGACUGACCCUUUGUUAGAGGAGGUGAUGGGAGACCUGUGGGCCCUGGUGCAAGUGGAGAAGGAUGAGCACCGCCAGCUUAUCGACAUUCCCUACCUCAAUCUCCCAGUGAGCAUCUCCCAAGCUCCCUCACCCCAGGUGAAGAAGAGGAAGGUGUCGCUGCUCUUUGACCAUAUGGAGGCCGACGAGAUGGCAGAACACCUCAGCUACCUGGAGUUCAAGAACUUCUGCAGUGUUUCGUUCCUGGACUACCACAGUUACGUGGUGCACGGAUCUGUGAGGAACAACCCUGCACUGGAGCGCUCUGUGCUACUGUGUAACGGCGUCUCCCAGUGGGUCCAGCUUAUGAUCCUUAAUAGACACACUCCACAGCAGAGAGCAGAGGUCUUCACAAAAUUCAUCCAUGUAGCACAGAAACUGAGAUCUUUGCAGAAUUUUAACACCCUCAUGGCAGUGAUUGGGGGUCUGUGUCACAGUUCCAUCUCCAGACUCAAAGACACAGCCAGCCUGCUCUCCUCAGACGUCACAAAGACGUUGAGUGAGCUGACAGAGCUACUCUCCUCCUACAGCAACUACACUAACUACCGCCGCGUGUACAGUGAGUGCAGUGGCUUCAAGGUGCCUAUCCUGGGCGUCCACCUCAAGGACCUGGUUUCGCUCAACGAGGCCCUGCCUGACUACCUGGAGGACGACAAGAUCAACCUGGGCAAGCUGCAGCAUCUGUACAGCAACAUCAGCGACCUGCUGGCCGUCCACAAGAGCAAGCCACCAUUCGAGGCCAACAAGGACCUGCUGCACCUGCUCACGCUCUCCCUGGACCUGUACUACACUGAGGAUCAAAUCUAUGAGCUCUCUUAUGCCAAGGAGCCCAAGAACCCCAAAAUACAGCCUGUAGCUCCAAUGAAGCCCCCUGUGAUUGCAGAAUGGGGAUCAGGUGUGGCUCCCCGCCUUGAUCCCGCUACCAUCUCCAAACAUGUCAAACAGAUGGUGGAUUCUAUAAUGAAGAACUAUGAUCUGAACAUGGAUGGCUACAUCUCUCUGGAGGACUUUGAAAAGAUAGCUGCAAACUUUCCCUUUUCGUUCUGCACUCAUGACAGCGACAGAGAAGGAGAGAUUAGUAGGGAGGAGAUCACGUCCUAUUUCAUGCGAGGGAUGUCCGUAUGUGCUAAGCUUGGUUUCAAUCUCCACAAUCUGCACAACUUCCAUGAAACCACAUACAAAAGACCCACAUUCUGUGACACAUGUGGAGGUUUUCUGUGGGGAGUCAUAAAGCAAGGCUACCACUGUAAAGACUGUGGGGUGAAUUGUCAUAAGCACUGUAAAGACCUGGUGACAAUGGAAUGUAUGAAGAGGUUCCAAGUCUCGGGAGGCUCCUGUCCCUGCACCCCAGGCCCAGGCUCUGGCCUCAGGGCAAAGGGUAACAGCUGGAGUGAGUCUCCUCUUCCAGUCAGACAGGGUGGAUGCAGUUUAAAGUGUCCAGGUCACCUCAAUGAAGAUAGCUGUGAAGGUUCAGAGGAAGACACAUUUGUGUUUCCUCAUGGAAACGGGUCAGAGCCCCUGAAGGGUCGCAGCACCCCAGACAGCGAUGCGGAGGGGGCUAUACUGUCAGACCGGUCCACUCAGACAGAGCCAGGUGUGUGGACACCUGAGACGGUGAAUCGGAAAGAGCAUCACCCAUACAAACCACAUUCACCUCUGGAAAAGAGUGCCACCCUGCCAGCAAGAAUGAGGGGUUCCUCUGCACCCAGUUCUUUCCUUCAAGAGAAAAUGGAGGAGCUACAACUGAACAAAGACAAACGCAGAGAGCCAGACUGAAUCCUGCUGUACAAGGCGCCUAAACAAACUUGACACAGAUAAUGACUGCAACUGGGAUGAGGGAAGCACAUUUUUUCUAUUUAAGCACACUGGAAUUACACAUCAAACACACAUUUCCUUACAUUUUAUAUGGAACCAUCAUGUCCAAACUUCACCAGGUGACUCUUUACAUGCAUUAAUGUAAAAAUAUCCUGAGUGCGUCAAACCACAAUCAUCUAUUGUGAUUUUGGCCAUCCUGUCUUCAGAGCUUUAUUGGAUGUCAGGAGAAUGUUAUGAUAAGCACCGGAUUUAUGAUCACCAGCAUGAAUUCUCAAGGCACUAGCACAUAUUGAUGGACUCCACAUUUCUACAGGAACAUCCAAGGGCAGACUACUAUAGCACUGAUCUCACCACUACUCCUGCUGUCUGUGAGAAAGACAAAACCUUCCUACAUGCAUUUACAUGGAUAGUUUCUGACUUCAUCAUGAAAUCAUUGAGAAAGGUUCUUACUGCCAAGCCUCUAUUUAUCAGUGAGUGAAAAGAAAAAAAAAAAAAAGUUUGGACCUGCCUAUAGCAUUUAAUGUUCACACUGAUGCUAUGUGUGUUGUACUGUGAAAUUCAUUGUGAGAUAUGCGAUGUCCACUGUACCUUUUGGGGCUGCUUGUGUGAUUAUGAAUGUAUAUGUUCCAGCUUGCUAACAGAUUAGAGGCCAUGUUGUCCAAUGGUGCCUCUUGGAGGACUUGAUAAUCCCAUAAACCAUCACUGUGCCUUAUGCAAUGAACAAUUCACUCAGAGCAGGGAAGAAGGGUACUAAAUAUACACUGAUUGACUGAUGUAGAAUGAUAAAGAUGAACACUGUGCACCUACAGGUGAAUAUUUUGAUUUUUUUUGUUUUGUUUUGUUUUCCGACUUGAAUGUCUGUCUUACUACAUUCUGAACUUAGGCUGUAGAUUUUUUUAUUUAUUGAAAAUUCAUGGAUCUACAGUAUUUUCCAUCUUACAGCACUGCCUGAAGGCCAUGACCUUGUUUUAAAAAAUAAACUCUUCUGCUGAAGAGUUGUUUUUUUUGUGCAUGUUGUUGUUGCAAUGAAUGCUGAGAGUUAACACAAGUCAUGUUUAAUGGAAUACUAACUUGGAACUCAAACAUGCUAGUUCACAUUAGUUCAUAGCAGUAACAGAUAGUGAGAGGUGUUAUGACAAUUUAUUUUCACUGGGAAACAAAGGAUCCAAGACUGAACAAAGAGAGCCUGAAACAUUUUUAAACAAAAAAAA